GUGAAAUUUACUAAAAAUUUAAGUAUUAAAAGAAAAAAAUACAAUAAAAAUUUAAAGUCAAACGAAUUUAAUAAAAUAAACGUGAAACAAAAUGUCUGGAUUUUCUUUUGGAGCAGCAGCUACGAGUACACCCGCCCAGCCACAAGGAGCAACAAGCGGAUUUUCAUUUGGGGCGCCAAAACCAGCCGGGGCAGCUCAAACUACUGGUUUCGGAGCCAGUACAACAGGCUUUGGAGCUACUACACAAGCAACAGGUUUUGGGGCAACCGCAGCAGCACCAGCAUUUGGAGCACCUCAGCAGGCGGCUGCGCCUGCUUUUGGGGCAACAGCUACUUCGGCAGCACCAGCUUUUGGUGGCAGCUCUUUUAGUUUUGGUACACCAACUUCAGCAGCACCCGCUACUGCCGGCACAAGUUUUGGUUUUGGAGCACAACAGGCGGCAGCCAGCAGUGCAGCGGCACCCUCUUUAAAUUUUGCAGCACCGGUGGCUACUUCAGCAGCAAAUACUGGAGCUUUGCCCUCUCUGGGCCUAGGAGGUGGUUUGGGAGGAGGUAAUUUUUCAUUCAUGAAACCAGCAGCCACAACUUCAGCUAGCAUCAGUUUUGGCACUACCACCACUACUACCUUGGGAGGACAACCCGCCGCCGGAGGUUUAUUUGGCAAACCUUUAACCACUACCACCGCCGCACCAGCUCCUGCUCCAUUUGUGGGGUUGGGCGGCUUAGAUGUAAGCUCUAGCAAACCAAAACCUGGCGACAGUAAACAGGAUAUUAAAGUGAAAGAGACACAAGUGCCCGAAGAAAUUGCCAAAACUGUGGAUUCCCUGAAAACCCACAUAAAGACUCAAAAGACAUUGUCCUCAGACAUAGGACGCACUUCAACCUCUAAGCUCACCAAUGUCUCGGGUGAAAUCUUCAAUUUACAGUGGGCUCUGCAGGAAAUUUCUAAUUCGGUGGAGGCCAACUACAAUCACAUUAAAUUACUGCGCAAGGAAACCUCCAAAACUAUACAGUCCGUGGAAAUGGCCCAACGCACUCAAGACACACCUGUGGGUCUACAGUUCGAAAACAAUGCCCCCUUCCAGUUCUUUCAGUAUUUGGUGGCCAAAUACGAACAGGAUCUUAUAAAUUUCCGACAACAAAUCGCUCUCACCGAACGUCACAUGCAUUCGCUAACCAAUCCCCAGAAUGUAGCACCCGAAGAUCUUAAACGUGGUUUUCUUCAAAUCAACGAAAGUUUUAUCUCUUUGGCAGGCCGCUUACAUGAAAUUCAUCAGAAGGUGGAGGCUCAAAAGGAUCAGUAUUUGAAUUUGCGUAAAUAUCGCCUAAGAGAUAGUACGAAUGUCUUCGCUCAACUUGAUAAUCCAGAGGCGAAAGUGGAUACAACACGUAUCACAGCGGGACCCACACCCUUUUCGAAUAUUACUGCUGUCAGUAAUUUUGGUAAAUCAUUUUCGAAUUCAUCGGCUUCGAAGGGCCAAACAACACAAACUGGGAAAUGAGUGUGUGAGAUUUGUUUUGUUUAGUUAAAUGUCGGUUUCUGCUUGUACAUUAUUUGAUACAUAUUGGUUUUUUAAUGUAAAUUAAAAAUAAAUAAUUAAGUUGGAAAGAAAAA